GCCGAGCCGCAGCUACAGGCAACAUUAAAGAACGGGAAAGAAAAAAAAAAUCCCAGAUUAAGAAAAUUUUGUCCCGCAGAAUCCUCAUCCAUCCUUAUAUAUUUUAUCAUCAGGUGGAAAUUUUUUCAAAUAUCUCACAUAGAUUGAACGCGACACGGUGAUUCGAAACAGACGGUACAAAGGAAGAGGCGCAGAGAAAAAUUUCCAUACUCGAUGACAUUUCAUCGCAAUGUCCGAUCGUUUGGGGCAAAUAACCAAGUCCAAGGAUGGGAAAAGCAAGUAUUCCUCGCUCAGCCUAUUUGACAAGUACAAGGGAAAGUCAAUAGAAACUCAGAAACCCACAGUUGUUGCUCGACAUGGCUUACAGAGUCUUGGUAAAGUGGCCGCUGCCCGGCGCAUGCCCCCGCCCGCUCACCUGCCGAGCCUGAAGUCCGAGAACAGAGGAAACGAUCCAAACGUCAUUAUCGUCCCCAAAGACGGAACAGGAUGGGCGAACAAGCAGGAACAACCCGAUCAAAAGAGUUCCGUUGUGUCGACAGCACAGCCGCCGGAGUCGCAGCCGCCGCUGCCUUUGCAGAAAUCAGUGUCCAAUCUUCAGAAGCCUACAGUGGCAGCCAACCUGGAGAGCACAAGCACCGGUGGACCAAAGCAAUGGGCACAACUAAAUGGAAAGGCACUCGAUCAAGAUGGUUUAAGGGCCUCAAACCGACUGCAGCCCUUCUCUCACGAGGAAUUUCCGACGCUGAAAGCAGCAGGAGAACAGGACAAGGCUGGCAAGGAAAAAAGCGCCUUCGAUCCGUCGUAUGGGCCAGGACCAAGCCUCCGCCCUCAGAACGUAACAAGUUGGAGGGAGGGCGGAGGGAGGUACCUGCAGCCCCCGUCUCUGUCCUCGGCCCUCUCCUCCGAUCCAGAGGGCAAAUCCAGUGCCUCUCCUGAGGCUACCACUACUAUUCCUCCUCCAUCCUCCUCUUCCACCACCACCACCUCCUCCUCUUCUUCCUCUUCCACCAGUGCCAUCACUGUCGCCGCUGUCGUCGUCACCGCAGCAGCCGUCGUCACCGCCGCAACGCCCCCCGACCCAAAGGAUGUCUCUCUCCGGCCGGCUCCGCCCACACGCCGAUUGACUCCGGGUCUGCAGUAUCAACUCCAUCACUCCUCCACCACCACCUAUCAUGACAUGCUGCCUGCCUUCAUGUGUCCCAAGGAGACCCGUGAUGGCCCGGGUUCUUCCGAGCACGGUUCUACUGCUGCUGCUCCUCCAGCUGUUAAUGCUAAUGCUGCUGCUGUUGUUGCCCCCAUGCGCUUCGAUGCCCGACCCAAGUUCAGACCCCCUUACCCUACUCCUGAACCCGUCAACGGCGAAGUACGGAGAGAAAACCGUUUCGCUCGAGUCCCAGCUCGUCCCGGUCCCCGACCGAUCCGGCGUCCUGGGGACAGACCUUCCCGUCCUGCCAUCAUCAACCCUGAAGAUCUGAAAGACCUGGACGACCUGGACAACGACUGCGAGGAUGGAUGGGCAGGUCUUCACGAAGAGGUGGACUACAGCGAGAAGCUCAAAUUCAGUGAUGAUGAAGAGGAUCACUCCCCCAGCGACAAGAGCAAGAUCUGGGGAGAGUGGGAGGCUCGUCGCGACCGCCAGUCAUCCAUGAGCUCAGAUGGUCAGGAUGACGCGUACCAUCACCAGCACGAUCUUUUGCCUUCCAGAAAAACCAACAGCAGAUACAGCUCCGCCGACUCGCAGCCACAGCAGAAGAGCGCCGGCGCGAGCGAGUCUCUGGAAGAACAGGAUGAGCCUCAUCGUUCCACCCCUCAUCCUCCUCGGGGAAAAUUUGUCUCGCCGGACGUCUCUGAGGCCGUGGAGAGGGCGCGUCGGAGGCGUGAGGAGGAGGAGCGGCGAGCCAGGGAGGAGAGGCUGGCUGCCUGCGCUGAGAAACUCAAGAAACUGGACGAGAAAUUCGGCAAGAUCGAGAGAGCUGCGCAUUCUGGAGACGGACACGGAGUGGAAAGUAAGGAGCUGUCGCUGUCACCGUCACCCGCAAGAGAGACUGCCAAACCACAUCAGGAGGCCUGGCAGCACGGGAGUAAAGACGUUUCUGAGCAGAAAUCCGACAUGUUACACAGCCAGGAUUAUCGAGACGAUUUCAGCUACAGGAGCGAGGAUGACUGUUCCGACUUCACUCAAAGGCACCAGAAGGCUGUUCCACCUCGUUUCCAAAAGCAGCAGCAGCAGCAACAACAACAACAACAACAACAGCAGCAGCAGCAGGAUCCAUAUAAGUUGCAGCAGUGGCAGCAGACCGGUUCAGGUCCCGCUCAGAGAGGUUAUUACCCCCCUCACGUGCUUGGUUUUGACCCCCGCUGGAUGAUGAUGCCUCCUUACAUGGACCCACGCGUGACCCAGGGACGCUCGGCAGUCGAUUAUUACUCUCCUAACGUCCACUCCUCGGGCGUAAACAAACCAGCGGUGCAUGAUCGCCUCAACAGCCCUGGAUCUGCCUCGGACGAGUGCUGCCAUUCCAGCAUGCACCAGGAAAGGAGGGCGCUCUCUGCUGACACUUAUUCAGUGUGGAGCCAAGAUGGCUACCCACCAGCGCGCAGUUUCACCCCACCUUACCAGAGACAGCAUGACAACGCAGAGAGGUGUCAGUCAGACGACAGGAGUGACCGGUCCUGCUCUCAGCAGGACUCCUAUGAGGAAAGAGGGAUUGAACGUAUUGAAAGUCCUUCAGAAGAUCUCCCCCAUCAGGCCUACCACCCAAAUCGAGGGUCUGACAUUUCUCUCGGUUCGCAGCGGGACGAAGAAGCACCACCAGGACAUGGCGAGUACCUCAAACCCGAGCACCACAAGGAAGUGUCCUCUAACCGGAACCAGAGAGACAGUCUGGAUUCUCGUGACGGUGAGGGUAAGGAGAACAGUUUCGACUCUGGUUUCUGGAGAAAAGACGACCCUCUGAAAAAAGACAAAGACGCGGUGCAGUGGUCCGACCCAGGGUCUAGCAGCAGCAGCAGUGGGGUGAGCCAGCCGUCCGAACCGAGCGGCAGGACCUUAAGGAGGACGGGUCCCAUCAAGAAACCGGUGCUCAAGGCCCUAAAAGUGGAGGACAAGGAGAAUGAGAAGCCCAAAUCCGAACCCGAGGAGAAGCCCGUUCCGUACAGACUUGAGAAGGAGGUCCUUACGAAUGUCUAUGACCUUAAAAAGGACAACCAGCCUUCGAUCAACAGGCAUCCAGUUCCUCCUGCGAUCACUCACGAGGAGAAGCAGUCUUCUCGGCCCAAAAUGGAGAAAUUCAGUAACCCAAGUGAGGAGUCCAGUAGGGAGAAUGGCUGGGAAGUCAGUAAUUCUCAAGUGAAGGAGAACUCUGAGAACAGGGAGCCGGCAGCACCUCGCCGCAACAACUGGAUCUUUAUUGAUGAAGAGCAGGCAUUCGCUGGAGCCAGAGGGGCGGGGCGGGGCCGCGGCAGAGGAUUCAGAGACUUUAAUUCGCGUGGCGGUGGCCGAGGAGGACGGAGCGACAACAAUAGAGGAAUGUACAACACUGGAAAUAUCCAGCGUUCAGGGCGGGGUCGAGGAUCCCGGGAUUUCGUUAAGGCCGAGGAUUUGCAGAGAGGAAAACCGCGGAGACGAAACAUGAGCGAGACUCUGAGCGAGGCCUCGGAAUACGAGGAGCUGCCCAAACGCCGACGCCAGAAAAACGGAGAGAAUGGAGAAGCUGAUUAUUCCUCGUCCGGAGAUACUAAAAGGGUGGAAAGGGAUUCCUGGAGGUCAAACAAAGUCUACAAUAAUGACCAGAGCACAGGCGGAGACGCAAGGGAAAAACCCAAAAUGAGAAACUUUGGUCGGUCCCUUCCUCCACGCCUGAACACUGGAUACAACCGUGGGUUCGGAUCAAAGGAUUUUUCCACUUGGAGGGGAAGGGGGAGCCAGUUCGGAGGCGGAUCAAUGCAGGAGAACGGAUACAACUUCACGAGCGAUUCCUUCUCGAGAAAAUCUGCAGAAGGCGACUCUCUAAAAUACCCUCCAAAGUUUGCAUCGUCUUUCGCGGAGAACGGAGUUGAGGACCGAGAAGGUGACUAUCGCUUCGACAACGACAAUUCUGACAACCGUCCGCUGAGGAGAAGACGUCCUCCCCGCCAGGACAAACCCCCGCGGUUUAGACGUCUGCGCCAGGAGCGAGAAACUGGCGGUCAGUGGAACAGCGACGAGUACGUCAACGGGGAUUUCACGAACCCCUGGCCGGGUCGAUCCAAACCCGGAGAAGAUCAUUGGCCUGGUCAGUAUUCCGGGAAUAGGCAGCAGGAAUUCGCGUCUCAGGGUGAGGACUGGGAGACCGGAUCAGAGAACAGCGACUUGAACGACUGGAGAGAGAAACGUGGCGAGGCACCCGUAGACCCUGGUCAUGGAGAGCCAGGCUCUGAGAAACGAGAACUUUCCAAGAGAAGUUUCUCCAGCCAGCGCCCUCUGGUAGACAGACAGAAUCGUAAGAGUGACAUUUUGGAAGGCUCAAAGAUGCCUCGAUCCACAGACACUCCCUCUGGCGUCGGGUCGUCCAACCGCAACGACGGCUGGCAGAACGGAGUGACGACCAACUGCAGGCGGAGUCCUGAGGAUGCAGGGCCGGUGUACGGCGUGGAGCAGACAGAGGACAGCCUUUCGUCCAGCAACACCGACUCGACAGGAAAGAAGCUGGAUAAAGAUCUGAAACCAAGAGGCAUGAAGGGAGACAUGUCUGAGCCUCUUUCACAAUAUGAUCUCAACAGCUACCCAAUUGAAAGCGAUCCAGGAGCCUCUAUUCCGAGUCCGGACGGAUUCCAAGACGCGCUCUCCAAAAAACAGCGGCGUCCACAAGAGGACGAGCGAAGAAGAAAGGAGCAAGGAGGACCGGUAUCGGUAAAGAACAGAGCAAUCGCUUCCAAAAUGCCGCCUCGUUUUGCAAAGAAGCAGGGCGGUAUCUCGAUCGAACAGCCUGAGGAAACCCUCUCGACAAAUAAUCUUGGCACUGAGAUCUGGGAGACCAACAGCACAGCUCUUACAGUCCAGUCGUCUGGUGGAGACUCGUGGACGAAGCAGGUGUCGUACACUGGGAGUGAACCCAAUUCAGAGGAUUCGGACGCAGGGCCAGAGCAGAGCAAAGAGCACAAACCCGGGCCGAUCGGAAACGAGCGCUCUCUGAAGAACCGCAAGGGUUCCGAAGGAGUGGAUCGUCUCGAGGGCCCCAUCACGCCCGUUAAUGGAGUGGACAUCCACGUCGAAAGCGUCCUCCCCGUCCCACCCAUCGAGUUUGGGGUCAGCGCCAAGGACUCGGACUUCAGCCUCCCCCCGGGAUCGGCACCGGUGGCCGUGUCCAACCCCGUCACCAAGCUGCAGGACGCUCUCGCCAGCAACGCGGGCCUAGCUCAGGGCAUUCCUAUGCUGCGCAGAGAUCACCUGCAGCCUGGCAUCAACCUCAAUCCCAUUUCUUUUCCCACCACUGACCUCACACUCAAGAUGGAGUCUGCACGUAAAGCCUGGGAGAACUCGCAGUCCCUCCCCGAGCAGGGUUCUCCAGGCAGCGUAGGGUCGGUCACGCAGCCCCCGUGCAGCUCGUCCAGCGCCGUCAGCUACAGCUCCUUCGGAGGCGUCUCCAUGCCCCCUAUGCCCGUGGCCUCCGUCGCUCCCUCCGUCUCCAUGCAAGGUAACCACAUCCCGCCUCUGUACCUGGACGGACAUGUGUUUCCAAGCCAGCCUCGUUUGGUGCCGCCGACAAUGACUCAGCAGCAGAGCUAUCAACAGGCUGCAGCCGCUCAGCAGAUCCCCAUCUCCCUCCACACGUCUCUGCAGGCUCAGGCUCAGCUGGGUCUCCGCGGUGGUCUGCCCGUCUCUCAGUCCCAGGAGAUGUUUAACUCCAUCCCCACGUUCAGGUCGCAGGUGUACAUGCAGCCCAGCCUGUCCCACCCCAGCGCAAUGGUGCUCUCUGGAGCCGGCCCUCUGAAAGGGCCGUACUCGGCGUUCCCCGGCAUCCAGCCCUCCGAGAUGGUAAAGCCGCAGUCCGGCUCACACUUCCAGACCAUCAACGGCAGCCAGGCACUGGUUUACGAAAGCACCAUCAACCAGGCGGCGGGAAUGGGCACGUCUCAGCUCAUGGACUCGCAGCUCAUUCAGGUGACGAUGCCCCUUCCCGGUUCUCAGCUACGUUACGGUUCAGCUCAGCAGCACCUGAUCCUCCCACAGUCUAUCCAGCUUCAGCAGGGUCAGAACCUGCCUGUUGGUGCCCCACGCCGCAUCAUGCCCCCGGCUUCCCAGCCACCCGUCAUCACCGCCAGCCGAGAGCCGUCUCAGCUGGAGAUGAAAGGAUUUCAAUUCCCUGAUAAAGCCAGCCACUCACCUGGGAUUCCUGGCAGCUCGUACAGGCCAGGUUCUGCCAGCCCCAGUGGGAAGCCAUCUGGUCCCGGUGCCCCCCCGACCGUUGGCCCGCUCCCAGGACAUUACGCCCCACAGGUGCCCCCUCCACAGGGCAACAUGGUAAUGCACAUGCGCACCGCUACCAGCGGGCCUUUCCCAAACCCAAUCCAGAGACCUGUAAUGCAGGUAAACAAGGCUGUAAUUAUUCGCUCUACCCCUUACUCAAGCCCGGGCCGCGAGCCUCCCCACUCCACCCCCCCUACCAACCCGGAGCCCCCUAGCAAGGGCGCGGAGGAGGGCACGAAGGUGAAGAUCCUCCGUGAGGCUCGGCAGAUCGUAUCCGAUCUGAAGGCGUCCUCCUCCUCAUCCGUGAUUCCCGGGAAACUGCAGGAGGCCGCUGCAGCCGCACCGGGGAAACCGAACCGCACCGGAGCAAUUAAGCCUCAGAGCGCUAAAGUAGAGGAGAGCAAGGCCUGAUCAUGGAACUAACACACACAAACACACACACACUUCACUUCAUCAUACACAGGCUCUGGGCUCAAACCAAGGACUCCUUGUAUCUCUCUUACUCUCUCUCUCUCUCUGUAUCUCAGACUUGCUGUGUCUCCCUCUCCCUCCCUUUUUUUUUUAUCUCUUUCAGUUUUGCUGCUUUGUGUAUCUCUCUAUAUAACUUUUUCUGCCCCCUCCUCCCUCUCUCUGUAUAGCUCUCUGUUUGUACCCCCUCCUUCUUUCGCUCUCUCUCUCUCUCUCUCUCUCGUUUGGUUGUCACUUGUUCUCUCCACAUGUCACUGGACCACAGACUGAAACCGCACCAGAACCGGGACUCUUCCCUGCUAAAGCACCACAUAGGAGAGAGAUGUAUCUUAAAAUAUAUCUAUAUAUAAAAAAUGUAUACUAUAUUAUAUUAUAAAUAUAUAUGAAAACAGACGUUAUAGCUUGGGACUCUUCUAAGCAGACUUUUUUUUUU